AUCUGUCUGUCAGUUAAGUGAAGUCACAAAGGUGGUGUUCAGCCGUCUUUGACAGGUAUGAUGUCGCCAACGAGAGGACCACGGCGACCGACAAUGCUACAUCGAACGGGACAGGAGUGAAGCCUGUAGAUGUAGCCUAGCUGCCUGCUAGCCAAAGAGAGGUUGCCAUUGUUUGAGUUGUUGGCUAACAUGGCAACGAAAGCUAAUGUUUGCAGCGUCCGCUAGUCGGGCUUCACUAUAGACGAUAUUGGUGUGGUCAUCCUGCAUGAUGUGUGACAGUCGUGAGUCCAGUGAGCAGUGUCUGUCACUUGCUCUCUCAUCUUGGGCCAAUACCCUCAUUUCACUGUGUCGCUGAAUUCUCUCUCCCCCAACCUGCCAAGAUGACCAAUAGGAAGGAGCCACCCUUCUUUAAUGACGACAGUGUGGGAGCUUUUCAUUAUAAGCUUCCUUUCUAUGACACUAUGGAGCUCUUCAUAGAGACCCUGACAGGGACUUGUUUUGAACUGCGUGUGUUGCCUUUUGAGGCUGUCAUUUCAGUCAAGGCAAAGAUCCAGAGGCUGGAAGGUAUCCCUGUUGCUCAGCAACACCUCAUCUGGAACAAUCUGGAGCUGGAUGAUGAACAUUGUCUACAUGACUAUGGCAUUGCAGAGGGCUGCACUUUGAAACUGGUCUUAGCUAUGAGGGGAGGUCCAAUUAACACCAGGAAAGUUACCAUGGAGGAUCCUAUCAAAGAGGCUGCUGACCCAAUGGAGAGCACAAAGGAAACGGGUUGGGAAAAAAGCCUGACCAACAAGCAGGUCACAUUCGUGGUCUAUCGUGAGGGUGACCAGCUAAAUUUCUUCCGUGUGGUUGACAAGGGAGAUGGCACCCUGACCCCUCUGUCUGAAUCUCUGAGUGGUGGCUCGUUGUACAAUGUGUACACCGAGGAGGAGGAUGGAGAGCAUUCUGCAGCUGUGCAGCAGAGUCUCGAGAACUCCAUCACCAUGAACAAAAUGAAGCUGCUCAAAGCCAAGAUGGAGGACAUGAACCUCAACAAGAAACCGAAGAAGUCCACAAAGGUAAAACCACGGCCUCCUGUCAGCCCACAUCCCUGCGGUGGCUCGAUAGGACCUUCCAGCACACGACACCAUCAUCGCCUGUUUCAUGCACUCCCCCAGAUCAACCAGUCUCGGCAGUCAAAUCCACAACUACCUCCAAUCAUUGAUCAUGAAUCCAUAGACCCCUCCUCAUCCUCUGCUGCUACAGCCGCUGCCCACAUGUCCAUCGCUAGACGGCCUCCUCCCUCAUUCUCCUCAUCCUCUUGUUAUAUGCUUCAAGAGGAGGAGCCAUGGGAGACCUGCCCGCCAUUUGCAAAGAUUCGUCCCCCUCCCAAAGUUUCACGGUUGGACAUCGGCAGCACCAGGUUGAUGAGGGAUUGUGUGUACCCUCAGCUCCCUCCAUUGUGUACCAGAGGGCCACCUGAAGCCACCUUUGACCCAGUUGAGCCAGCAGGGGAGGCAGUCAGGCUGGAUUUGUUAGAGGAAGCUGCUGGGCUGGUGGCACCAGCACAGCCUAGAGCUUCAUUAGGUAAACUGUCAGACUCCCUAAAUCUGGAUGUCCCUACACAACCAGAGGGAGGUUGUCGGUCUGGCGAUAUUGGGGCUCAACGCCAGCUGCCCGUCUCCCCAUCCCCGCUCAGUACCUGGACACUUGGGACAAGUGAUACUCUCACCAGCAGUGCUGAUAGGACACAGCUUGGCACUUCAUUUCAUAUUGGCCCUCCCUCUCAAAUACCUGCCUCCACUUCACCAUCCACUUCAACCAGACCGCUGCCUCAACCUUUUGACUCCACUCUCUCCUGUUUACAGUCCAACCUUCAAGCACAAUCCUCAGCACAUGUGAAGCCAGGCGACGCAUCCCUUCACCCCUCCACCUCAUCAAUUCAUCCACCACGUUUUCGUGGCAUUAAAGUGGAGUCACCUGGCAAGAGACCAGAGCUGAUCUCCAAGAGGGAAGCAAGAGGCAUCACUAAAAUGACCAACCAAUCCUGUACAGAGCCAGUGGCCUCUCUGAGCAACUCUGAGCUCUUGACUUCUCUCUCCACAAGGGCUCCCAACAGCAGCAGCAGGGACAGCCUUAGAGAGCCUCUGGGACUUGCAGUCUCAUUGCCCCCUCCUGCUGUCUCAGGACAGGGCAGACUUGGCUCCAAGCUGCCAUUCAUCCCAACUAAUAGGCUCCUUCAAGAAGAUAUCAUAAGACAAAUGUCACCAGUGCACCAAGCAGCAUCCUCUUACAAGGCCAACACUCUGGCAUCAACUGGGGGAGUCGUGACUGCAUUCGGGAGAAUAGGUACUCCAACAUACCAUCUACCUCCAGUCAAGGCCCCCACAGGCAACAAGAAGAAGAGCUCAAAGUACUGCUUCCUUUGUGGCAAGAAGACAGGCCUAGCCACCAGCUAUGAGUGCAGGUGUGGUCACAACUUUUGCGCCACCCACCGCUACGCAGAGACGCAUGAUUGCACUUACGACUACAAGAGUGCAGGACGGCGAUUUCUGCAAGAGACCAACCCUCUUAUCAGUGCUCCCAAGCUGCCUAAGAUCUAGACCCUACAACCUGCACAUAGAAGACCACAGGUUAAACAGACUGAAUAGAAGAGAUUCUCCCUUCACUUCUAGCAGAAAUCCAAACGUAUUCACCACUGUGUGCUUUUUUUUAAGUCAGCUGAGUUUACUUAAAAUUUAAGUAAAAUAUUCCAUAAAGCCAAGUGUGAACACACAAGUAGACUGAAAUGGCACAGAGCUAAUUGUGACCUCUUCACAAUGAAGUUUGUUGUUUUUAUCCGUUACCUUUUUUUCUGCUGCAUCAAAACAAAACAAGAAACUGCAUGUAUGUAGGUAGUUUUUGCUUAAUAUAUCGGAUGCACGUUCAGAUAUCUGUUUCUAGUUUUGCCAGCUUUGUUUUUUUUUUCUUAAACCAGGACUGCUGUUGACUUUUAAUUUGACAAAUCUUUGACAGAUGCACUUUAGAAAUAUCAUAUUUAUAAGUUUGACUUUGCUCAUUGUGCGGGGGAAGGA